UGCACUUCAUUCUGCACAACACAUAAAAGACACACGCAUAAGACAAGUGACAGCAUUAGCUGCUCACUAUGGAUUACCCACCAGAAAUUUCAAGGAUCGACACCUACAAACUCAAAAAUGGACAAGAGCAUAAUACGCACAGCACCCGGAGCAGGGAGCUCUAUCUCCGUAGAGGCCAGCCUUUUAACAUCAAGUUACUGUUAAACACCCUGGGCAAAGAGAAGAAGUUAAAUAACUUGAGGCUUACAGCACAAACAGGCCCAUACCCAUCCCAACAAGCAGGGACUCUCAUUCAGUUCCCAGUAACAAAGCUGAGUGGCAGCCAGACAUGGAGUGCUGAAGUGGAAAGUGAAACUAUGACUUCUUUAACAAUCACUAUUUGCACUGCAGCAACAGCCUGUAUUGGGCGCUACAGUCUAUUCCUGGAAGGGACAUACUGGGAAAUCUCCAAAUCCUAUGUCCUGGGGGACUUCAUUUUACUUUUUAACCCUUGGUGCUCAGAUGAUGAUGUCUUCCUGGGAGAAGAGUCCUUGAGACAAGAAUAUGUCAUGAAUGAGCAUGGCUUGCUGUAUCAGGGUAGCAACAACUUCAUUCUCACUACACCAUGGAACUUUGGUCAGUUUGAAGACGGAGUGGGUGACAUCUGCCUGAGAAUUUUAGACAUGAACCCAAACUUCUUGAAUGAUCCAUCCAAGGAUUGUUCUAAGAGAGGAGACCCUGUGUAUGUCAGUAGAGUCAUCUCUGCCAUGAUCAAUUCUAAUGAUGACCGCGGAGUGGUAGAAUCUUGCUGGGAUGAGUUCUUCAGAAAUGGGGCCAACCCAAACACAUGGAAUGGAAGCAUCACCAUACUGCGACUUUGGCAUCAGAGUGGGUGCAGGCCAGUUCGAUAUGGACAAUGUUGGGUUUUAGCUGGAGUCAUGUGUACAGUGAUGAGAUUCCUGGGAAUUCCUACUCGUGUAGUGACCAACUUUGAAUCUGCGCAUGAUACAAACUUCAGUCUGACUAUUGAUGAGUACUAUGAUGAUUCUGGGAAAAAGCUGGAGACGGCAGAAGCAGACAGUGUCUGGAAUUUUCAUGUGUGGAAUGAAAGCUGGAUGGCAAGGAGAGACCUUCGUCCUGGGUACGAUGGCUGGCAAGUUCUAGAUGCCACCCCUCAGGAGCUUAGUGGAGGGACAUAUUGUUGUGGCCCAGCACCUGUGAAAGCGGUUAAAGAAGGGGAUGUAGAUGUGGACUAUGACGUGGGGUUUGUGUAUGCGGAGGUUAAUGGUGAUGUUGUUCAUUGGGUUCUCCAAGAAGGUGGGGCUGAGAAAGGGGAAACAGACACUCUUUCUAUUGGCAAAAACAUCAGCACAAAGGCUGUUGGCAGCAAUUCUAGAGAAGAUAUAACGGACCAGUACAAGUAUGCAGAAGGAUCUGCCCAGGAGAGGGCCGUAUUUGAAAAAGCUGUAUCUAGAAUGAAGAUGAAGAAGCCUUUCAGAGACAGAGACUCUGUUGUGGCAUUGGACUUUGAUGUGUCCUUAAAGUUAGCAGAGUCCCCAAUGAUUGGGCAGACAAUCUUUCUCAUAUACCGAAUUAAAAACAGAAGCUUUGAUGCCAAGAGGUUUUCCAUAAGUGUCAGUGCGCAAGAGAUGAUGUAUAACGGGAAGCCUUUGAGUCAGUUCUGGAGUGACAAUGUUGUGAUGGACUUGAGUGCAAACAGAGAUAUAGAGACAAGUUUCCACAUUCAGCCGUAUGAUUACCAGAGAUUUGUACGACCUGGGAAUAACAUCAGAGUAACUGCACUUGCUACAGAUCUGCAGAGCAAGAAACUUAAACUAGCAUCUAAGAACAUCAUAUUUGAAGUUCCUGGUGUAGAGAUCCAGAUUUAUGGAUUGCCAAAACUCAACCAACCUCUUAGUGUCAUCCUGUCCUUCUUCAACCCUCUCAAUGAGAUUCUCAGCAGCUGUGUCAUGACUGCAGAAGGAUCAGGGCUCUUCCCAGGAGGCCCCAUCACAGUGCAUAUGGAUCAGAUUUUCCCUGGUCGAGUCGGCUUUGUACGGAUCUUCUGUGUGCCAUUUAAGAGAGGAGAACUACAGCUGGAAGUGAACUUUUCCUGUAACAAGAUCAAAUAUAUCAAAGGAAGUGCAACCAUCACCAUACCAUGGAUGGAACAUUAGGCACUCCCUAUAUCCAGAGAUACCUUGGGAACUACACAUCAGCAACUUAUUUAACAUUUAAAUUUAAGCAAAAUGCCAAAUUUUAUAUAUUUUUAUUUUCUCUUUGAUAUUUAUGCACUCGUUUCUUAUGUAAAUUAAUGUGAAAUGCACUUUUAAAUAGUUCUUUUGUUUUGUCAUAUACUGUAGGAAUAAAUUACUAAAAUCAAGCAGUCAAGUGAAAAUUGUUUGCACCAGAUGUGCACUAAGGACACUUUCCUUAUUUCUGUUUUUAGUAAACACGGUUUGUUUGUUUGUU